AUGGGUGUGUGGACACUCACGUUCUUCUUUUUUCAGAUGACAAACGACCUGGGCAGAGGAGAUCAUGUUCGAGAAAUAAGAGGCAACGAUGUAGAGGAUGACAGUGAUCUGGGCAUUUGUGUGGCCGAAGAAGAGAAUAAGGAGAAUGCGCGUGUUCGAGUGGCUUAUGUUAGAGCACCAACGCAGCGCAUGAUUCAGGAGGAAAUUAUGGACACAACGGAUUCGAACGGAGGACAACAGUCCCCAAUGGCCGGAGAAAGUGAAGAGGAUGAUCCAUAUAAGUCGGAGGGCAUGCUUCAUUUGGAUAUCGAUCACUUCAGCGAUUUCGCACGUGGCUCGUCCGAAACGCAUCAGAGACUCAGCAAUCCGUUUCAAAAUGAACGCCGUUCGGCCGGUCGUGCGUUCGGGUUUUUCCUGCAGUGCAACGGAGAAGCGGAAGCAAUUUCCUGGUCGUGCACGGCAAGUGCUGUUCUUACCGUUCGAGCGCAGAAGCCAGGCGUCGAAAGCCAUGUGCGUCGAAUCAACCAUACAUUUUAUCACAAGGAAAAUGACUGGGGCUACUCGCAGUUCCUGCCAUGCGAUACUCUGUUGAACCCGGACAGUGGUUUUAUCAAAGAUGACACGAUCAAAUUGGAAGUAAUUGUUAUGGCAGAUGCUCCGCACGGCGUACAGUGGGAUAGUAAGAAACACGCCGGCUUCAUUGGUCUCAAAAAUCAGGGUGCAACAUGCUAUAUGAAUUCGAUUUUGCAGACCUUCUUUUUCACCAAUCAAUUGAGGAAGGCCGUCUAUCAAAUGCCCACUGAAAACGAUGACCCGGAAACAUCGGUGGCUCUGGCAAUGCAACGCGUUUUCUACGAACUGCAAAAUUCGGACAAACCUGUAGGUACGAAGAAGCUCACUAAGUCGUUUGGCUGGGACAGCGUGGAAUCGUUUCACCAGCACGAUGUACAGGAGCUUUGCCGAGUUCUUUUGGACAAUUUGGAGAAUAAAAUGUCCGAAACUAAGGUGAAGAACACGAUCCCCUCUCUGUUUGAGGGCAAGAUGAAGUCGUAUGUUCGCUUCAUGGAAUCAUUUGCGGAUUACACAGCAGCCGAAGUGCUGGAUGGGGAUAACAAGUAUGAUGCUGGGGAAUUUGGCUUGCAGCCAGCCGUCAAGGGCGUCAAAUUCCUCUCCUUUCCACCAAUUUUACAUUUGCAGCUGAUGCGUUUCCAAUAUGAUGCAUUGCAGGAUGCAAAUGUUAAAAUAAACGACAGAUUUGAGUUUCCGGCAGUUUUGAAUUUGGAUCCAUUUAUUGAGAGCAGCGACAAAAAAGAACCCCAGGAUUUCCUGCUUCAUGCUGUUCUCGUACAUUCGGGUGAUUUCCACGGCGGUCAUUAUGUUGUAUUUAUCAACACAAAUUUGGGUGGCCCGGCUAAAGUAAGUUCGUUGCAAAAAUUUUGUUUGUUAGGUAAUUGACA